UGUGUGCAAAAUUUGAGCCACUAUUUUUUCCCCCUUCGUUCUCCAUUUUCUUCCGUGUUUACCUCCCCCUCCUCCCCCCUCGUUCUCCUCUCUCGAGAGAUCCGAACCAGACGAAACCCUAGAAUCUACAUUAACAAUCUCGAAGAAGAAGAAGAAGAAGAAGAAGAAGAAGAAACAGAGGCAAAGAGGAUGCUGAGAUUAGCAGGGAGAAGGCUUUCGUCUCCGUCAUGGAGAUCGGCUCCUGCAUCCUCUUCCUCGUUCUUCGCGUCGAAGAAUCCGGUGAUCCAUGGCGAUCGAUCUGAAGAGUCGAAGAUUGACGUGGAUUUUCCCAUGAGGAGGUUGAUUGAUGCGGGGCUUAUUGGAUCCGCAAGAGGGUUUGCUACUGAUUCUCUGGCCCCAAGGCAGCAACAGGAUCUAGGGUUACCCAACCUCCCAGCAACUGUGGCGGCUGUGAAGAACCCUACAUCCAAAAUUGUCUACGACGAGUACAACCACGAACGCUUCCCUCCUGGUGACCCCAGCAAGCGUGCCUUUGCCUACUUCGUACUCACUGGUGGAAGGUUCGUCUACGCCUCCCUCCUACGCCUCCUCGUUCUCAAGCUUGUGCUUAGCAUGUCAGCUAGCAAGGACGUCCUUGCCCUUGCCUCCCUCGAGGUCGACCUCUCCAGCAUUGAGCCGGGCUCCACAGUCACUGUCAAGUGGCGAGGGAAGCCUGUGUUCAUCCGUCGCAGGACUGAGGAUGAUAUCAAGCUUGCCAACAGUGUUGAUGUUGCAUCACUUAGAGACCCUCAGGAGGAUGCAGUUCGCGUAAAGAAUCCUGAAUGGCUUGUGGUUGUUGGUGUAUGUACACAUUUGGGUUGUAUUCCCCUGCCCAAUGCCGGAGAUUUUGGAGGAUGGUUCUGCCCGUGCCAUGGAUCGCAUUAUGAUGUUUCUGGAAGGAUCCGGAAGGGUCCAGCACCGUACAACCUGGAGGUACCAACUUACUCUUUCUUGGAGGAGAACAAGUUGCUCAUCGGUUAAGUUUGAAUCCUCAGGUUUAUGAAGAUAGUAGGUAGUUUUUAAAAUUUUAUACCUACCAGAGAGAUUUCUGGGUCAUUGAGACUGUAUUGAAAAUAAUUUCAUUGGACUUUGUUCAGUUAUAUUGGUUUUGGUAUGUCUGUGUAUUUUGGCACUCUGGAAGAGUUUUACACAGGGUAUUCUAUUUGUAAUAAAGAUGCUUUCUUAAAGAGGGUCAGAAUUACGGAUCA